CAGCCUGGGCCCGCCCUCUGCUCGUGCCCGCCCCCUGCCCGCCCUCACGGCGUACCGCCGAACAUGCCGCUCGAUCACCGCCGCCUCUGCGGCCCGGAGGAGUCGCAGCCGCCGGCGCUGUGGGCAGCGAUCGCGGCCGAGGAUGAGGAGGACGAAGAGUGCGUAGGGGCGGCGCCGCGGGACCCCUGUGCCCUGCGGCCGCUGUUCGCGCGGGCCGGGCUGCUGAGCCAGGCGCAGGGCUCGGCCUACGUGGAGCUGGGCAGCGGCACCAAGGUGCUCUGCGCCGCCUGGGGCCCGCGGGAGGCGGCCGAGCCCGGGCCGGGCCGGCUGCUCUGCGAGUUCCGCCGGGCGCCCUUCGCGGGACACGGGGCGCGGGGCCGGCCGGGCACUGCGGCCGAGCGGGAGGCGGAGCGGGACGCGGCGGCAGCGCUGCGGGAGGCGCUGGAGCCGGCCGUGCGGCUGGGCCGGUACCCGCGGGCUCGCCUGGCCGUCAGCGCGCUGCUGCUGCAGGACGGGGGCUCGGCGCUGGCCGCCGCCAUCAGCGCCGCCGCCCUGGCCCUGGCGGACGCGGGCGUGGAGAUGUACGACCUGGCCGUGGGCUGCGCGCUGUGCCGGCCGCCCGCGCCCGCCGCCUCAUGGAUGCUGCAGCCCGCCGAGCCCGAGGAGCGCCGCGCCGCCGCCCGCCUCACGCUGGCCCUGCUGCCCGCCCUCAACCAGGUGUCGGCCGUGCUGGGCGGCGGCCGGGGCGGCCCGCCCGAGGACUGGGCUCAAGCCCUGCGGCUCGGCCUCGAUGGCUGCCACCGGCAGUACCCGGUGCUGCGGCAGAGCCUGCUGCGGGCCACCCAGCGCCGCGAUGCCGCCGCCGCCGCUGCCACCGCCGCUGCUACCGCCAGUGCCGCCGCUGCCACCAAUGCCUGAGUGCCCGUGAGAGCUGCGUGCCCCAUUCUGGAGAUGGGCUCAUCUCCCAGAACCUGUCCAAACUGCCUUCARUGCUACCGGAGACCCUUGAGGCCUUCCUGAUCCAUACCUCGCUGUUGGGGAUUAAAAGAAGUUUACUUUUAGAAUAUUAGAGGUUUGUUAAGUUUAAGCUUAAAGUUUAAUUGUUACUGCUGGAGAAUCCCCUGAUCCAACCUGAUCCGUGCCUCAUGCUGCUGGAGAGCCUCCUGAGCCUAUCCAUGUGCUGCUGGAGACCCCCUGGUGCUGCCCACACAGCUGGAGGCCCAAGAACUCUGCUCAAGAAUGCCAGAGUGCAGCUCCACCACCACUGGAGAGCCCCCAAAGCAGCACCCACACUACUGGAGCACCCCAAAGUGCACAUGAGGAGCCCCCUGUUGCUGGAGACCAUUCCUGACUGGCACCACAGGAUCCAAAUAGCCUUGCACGCUGCUGAAACACCCACAGGAACAGUCUCCCUACUGCCUCAGCAGGMAGAACCUGCCUAAGACCUCCCUACAAGCAGCUGCCAGCAUUGUGAGACCCCACAUCUCACCCCGAGGUGAUCACAGCACCAGGCUGAGACCCUCUCUCUAAGCUCCGCACCAUAAUUAUCCACGCAGGCAGCAUCCAGGCAGCACCGGGCAGGAAGCACAUCGUGGAAACACGUCAUGGCAUGGACUGUGCAUCCCUUGGACUUCAGGGUGAUAAGAGUUGUGUUUUGUAAGUUUUUUCAUAAUAAUAAAUCAUCUUUUUUUCUGAUGA